AUGCCCGCUGCCACUCCCGCCCCCGUUUCCCUCAAGGAAUUUGACGUCGCCAGCCUUUUCGUCGCCGACAAAGCCACUCGCGAGUCCACUGCCACCAGCCUCGUUGCCCUUGCCCAGAAGGGUCCCUCCGCCAUCACUGGUGUCACUGAUGCCAUCGUCAAGGCCCUCGCCGACAAAAAGUCACCCGCCGCCCGUGAGGGUGCUGCUGACGCCAUCACAACGCUUUCCAAACAAGGCGGUGUAAAAGCCAUCGAGCCUACCUUCAUCAGCUCCGGCAUUUAUGCCGCUCUCCUUGAGGGCUUCGCUGACAAAAUGCCUGCAGCCCGAAAUGCUGCUGUUUCCGCUGUGCGCGAGUUCGUUGCAGCUAUGAACCCCUGGGCUACUGCCCUUAUUCUCCCGCCCCUUCUUCAACAAAUCAAAACUGCCGGCAAAUGGCAGAUCAAGACUGGCUCCCUCGAGGUUCUCAACCAACUCGUUGUCAGUGCGCCAACCCAGACUGCCCGUCUCAUGCCCGAGAUCGUACCUGUUCUCUCCGAAGUUAUUUGGGACACCAAAGCCGACGUGAAGAAGGCGGCCCGUGAUUCGCUUACGAAGGCCACCGCUCUCGUCUCCAACAAGGACAUCGAACGUUUUAUCCCGGCUCUUAUCAAAGCCUUAAUUAAUCCCGUAGAAGAGGUCCCGAACACCAUCGCCCUCCUCUCGGCCACCACAUUCGUUUCUGAAGUAGACUCCCCAACCCUCUCCCUCAUGGUUCCCCUCCUGGCCCGUGGUCUGAACGAGAAGCUCACUGCUACUAAGCGUAAGGUCGCGGUUAUUGUUGACAACAUGUCUAAGCUUGUCGACUCGCCGAUCACCGUCCGCCCCUUCCUGCCCAAGCUUCUCCCAGGUCUUAUCAAGGUCGAGACGACCAUCGGUGACCCCGAAGCUCGUGGUGUUAUCGGCAAGGCCAUCGCCACUCUUCGCCAGGUUGGAGAAGUCCCGACCGGUGACGCUUCCGAUCUCCCGCCCCUCAAGCUUGCCGAACCAAGCAGCUUGAUCUCAACCCUUUCCGCCAUUUACAAGAAACUUGGCGGUGAAGUUCCUACCUCUGACGCCACUGUCGUCUACACCGCCUCACUCGCGGCCAACCUUGUCAACCUCAAGAACUUUGACGUUCCCGAGUGGGAUGGCCUUGCGCCAUACCUCGCAUUUGUUGCUCCUUCUCCUGAGCCCGUCUCUGUUACCCGCGAGUGGGUCGUUCGCUCCGCGGUUGAAGACGAUGACACUGCUGAGGUGCCUGAGGAUGAGGAGGAAGGCGAAGAUCUAUGCAACUGCCAGUUCUCACUAGCCUAUGGUGCCAAAAUCCUGCUCAACACCGCUACUCUCCGUCUCAAGCGUGGCCACCGCUACGGUCUGUGCGGCAAGAACGGUACCGGCAAGUCCACCCUCAUGCGUGCUAUUUGCAAUGGACAAGUCGAGGGCUUCCCGUCGCCUGACGAAGUCCGUACCUUCUAUGUUGAGCAUGACAUUGAUGGCAGCGAGGAGGAUACCUCUGUUCUCGAGUUCAUCCUCAGCGACAAGCGCAUUCUCGCCACCAAGGACGAGGUCAUCACCACCCUCGCCUCCGUCGGCUUCAAUGACGAGCGUCAAGGCAAUGCCAUCGGUAGCUUGUCCGGUGGUUGGAAGAUGAAGCUUGCUUUGGCUCGUGCAAUGCUUUUCCGCGCUGACAUCCUGCUUUUGGAUGAGCCCACUAACCAUCUCGAUGUCGUCAACAUCGCCUGGCUCGAGAACUACCUUACCGGUCUCAAGACUUGCACCUCCAUCAUCGUGUCUCACGACUCGAGCUUCCUCAACAACACCAUCACCGACGUCCUCCACCUAAACCGCUUCAAACUUCGCCGCUACCGUGGCAACCUCGAGAAGUUCGUCCAGGCCGUGCCCGAGGCCAAAUCCUACUAUACUCUCGAGGCUGCUGAGGACUACAAGUUCAAGCUGCCCGACCCCCCUCUCCUCGAAGGUGUCAAGACCAAGGAGAAGGCCCUUCUUAAGAUGCGUAAAGUUGGGUUCCAAUACCCCACCCAGGUCAACCAGCAGCUCUAUGACAUUACGCUGCAAGUUUCGCUCAAGUCCCGUGUCGCCGUUCUCGGUCCCAACGGUUCCGGCAAGAGUACCCUUGUCAAACUGCUCAUCGGCGACAUGGAGCCCAACAAGGGUGGUGAAAUCUGGAAGCACCCCAACUUGGUCAUCGGUUACGUUGCCCAACACGCGUUCCACCAUAUCGACCACCACCUCGACAAGACGCCCCUCGAGUACAUGCUGUGGCGUUACCAGACUGGUGAAGAUUUGGAGGAGAUGACCAAGGCCAACCGUAUCAUCAGCGAGGAGGAGGCCAAGCGCAUGAAGGAUGGUGCUGUUAUCGUCAUUGAGGGCCAGAAGCGCCUCAUCGAUGAGAUUCUCGCCCGCAAGAAGCUCAAGCAGUCUUACGAGUACGAGGUUUCGCUCAAGGGCCUCAGCUCGUCUGAAAACAUCUGGCUGCCGCGUGACGACCUUGUCAAGCGUGGUUUCGAGAAGAAAGUCCUUGAAGUCGACACUCGUGAGGCCCAGCGUCUUGGUCUCCUGCGCCCUCUCGUCCGACGUGAAAUCGAGAAGCACUUUGCCGAUUUCGGUCUCGAGCCAGAGUUUGUCAGCCACAACACCAUGCGUGGUCUCUCUGGAGGACAAAAGGUCAAGAUUGUCCUUGGUGCUGCUACCUGGCGCCGCCCCCACGUUGUCUGCCUUGACGAGCCGACCAACUACCUCGAUCGUGAAUCGCUUGCCGCUCUCAUCGAAGCACUCAAGGUCUUCGAGGGUGGUGUGCUUGUCAUCACGCACAACCGUGACUUCUCCGAGUCCCUUUGCGAGGAAGUCUGGGCCAUGAGGGAUGGACGUCUGGAGGCUUCCGGCCAUAACUGGGUUGAGGGCCAAGGCUCGGGUCCUCGCAUUGACAAGAAGGAUGGGGAAGACGACGACCAGUACGAUGCGAUGGGCAACAAGAUCGACACGAAAAAGACCAAGAAACUGACUGCUGGCGAGGCGCGCAAGGCCAAGAAGGAGCGCAUGGCCCGCAAGAAGCGCGGCGAGGAGGUCACCGACGACGAGCUGUAA